UAUUGUUUCUUCAUAUUUUCCAAUACGAACGAAAAAACGACAGACGUGAAUUACGGUCUGGCAAAAAAUUUCUAGUUGAUAGUUGUGUAAAAAUCCACAAAGUCCGUGUAAUUUUAAAAAAGAAUAGUUUAAAAAGGCCAAAUUAUAGCAAUAUUAAGGAAAACAAAUAAUCGAGUUCUAUAAGAAUUAAAAAAAUUGUUUUAACAAAUAUUGAACGUAAGCAAAUUCGUAUAAAAUCUAAUUAAUUACCCCCACCAUUGUCAUAAUUUACUAGAAAAGGAAUAAACAGCGAAAACAAAUAAUAUUCAUAAUAAUAUUCAUAAUAAUAUUCAUAAUAAUAAGUAAAUUAUCGAACAGUGGUUAAAGAAAUCAACUUAAACGAAUAUUAAAAAAAAGUAGUGUAAUUAUAAAAUUAAAACGGUAAUUUACAACAACAUUAGAGGAGCACUUGCAAUAACAACAAUACUAAGUAUACGUAAUUUGGCUAAAUCAUUGUGGCACUUUGGAAAGAAAAUUAUUAGAAAUAACCACCAUACAACAACAAGAGCAGUAAUAAAAUAACAAAAAAAAAUAAAACAAGAAACGAACGGAGGGGACACCGAAAAUAACAAAAAGAAACUUGCCAUUAUUUUAAAGUGUAUGUUUGUUCGUAUGUGUGAAUGUUUUUAGUGCCAAUUAAAUGAAAUUGUAUUUGUUUAAUUUAAAAAAUUUCAUCAUAAAAAAGGCAAAUACAAUUUUCCUCAACCAAUUUGUAAACGAAUAAUAAGAAACCAUAAACUAAGAUUUCUAUAAGCAAAAAAAUAUUUUCAAAAUAUUCUUUAAUUUUUUCUUUUGAUGAAUUUUUGAAACAAAAAUUUACGUUCAACGUAUUGUCAUCAUUUUGAGCAGAAAAAAAAUAGAAUUUUCGUAACACCUUCAUGCAAAUGAAAUGAAAAAAAGAAAUUAUAGAAAUUCAUUAGUUUUGACGUCUACAAAUUUUGGAGUUGUUUUCUUUUGAAGUGAAAAAAUAAAAUUUUUUAUUUUGAUUUACGGAUAAAAAGGAAUUAUUUUGAACACGACCCUUACUACAAAAAUUUAAAGAAAAUUUUAAGAACAUGUUUUAAAACAAUUUGAAAACUAACAUAAAAAUAUUUGGUGGUGGUGUUUGGUGUUGUUAAUAAAGAAUCUCUCAAAUCUCAAAUAAAUUUAAUUGUUAAAGCAAAAAGCUAUACUAUGGGAGCAAAUGUCUCACAAUUGGAAAAGGAAAUUGGCUCGGAUUUAUUUCCACCCAAUGAACAUUACUUUGGUUUGGUGAAUUUUGGCAACACCUGCUAUAGUAACUCGGUGCUACAGGCUUUAUACUUUUGUAAACCUUUCCGUGAUAAGGUGCUGGAAUACAAGGCCAAAAACAAAAGACCCAAGGAGACUCUGCUGUCCUGCUUGGCCGAUCUUUUCUACAAUAUAGCCACACAGAAGAAGAAAGUGGGCUCUAUAGCGCCCAAAAAGUUUAUAGCGCGUUUGCGCAAGGAAAAGGAAGAGUUUGACAAUUAUAUGCAACAGGAUGCUCAUGAGUUUUUGAAUUUUCUCAUCAAUCAUAUCAAUGAAAUUAUAUUGGCCGAAAGAAAUGCUAAUAAAAAUGGCUCUGCUGCAGGAACGGCAGCUAUUAAAUCAACCUCCACAACUUCAACAUCAACCACUGCUUCAAAUUCCUCUACCAACGGUACAUGUUCCCAGUCUACAGGCUCCAUCAAUGGCAUUGGUAUAGGCAUAACCGAUGCCUCCACGCCCACACAAACCAACAGCGCCAACACCGAACCCACCUGGGUGCAUGAGAUAUUCCAGGGCACUUUGACUUCAGAGACCAGAUGUUUAAAUUGCGAAACGGUCAGCAGUAAAGAUGAACAUUUCUUUGAUUUACAAGUCGAUGUGGAUCAGAAUACUUCCAUCACCCAUUGCUUGCGCUGCUUUAGCAACACCGAAACUUUAUGCUCAGACAACAAAUUCAAAUGCGACAAUUGCUGCAGUUAUCAAGAGGCUCAAAAACGUAUGCGCGUCAAAAAGUUACCCAUGAUUUUGGCUCUGCAUCUCAAACGUUUCAAAUACAUGGAACAAUUUAAUCGUCACAUUAAAGUGUCUCACCGUGUUGUAUUCCCGCUGGAGCUAAGACUUUUUAACACCUCCGACGAUGCGGUCAAUCCCGAUCGUCUAUACGAUCUAAUGGCUGUAGUCAUACACUGUGGUUCGGGUCCAAAUCGUGGCCACUACAUCAGCAUUGUUAAGAGUCAUGGCCUGUGGUUGCUGUUCGACGAUGACAUGGUGGAUAAGAUUGAGGCUUCAACUAUAGAAGAUUUCUAUGGUUUAACGUCGGACAUACAAAAGUCAUCGGAAACCGGUUAUAUACUAUUUUAUCAAUCCAGGGAUUGCAAUAAUUAAAGGCUUGGCUAGAGGCGCAGAGUCAUUGAAAUUAAUUUCAAUUUAGUUAACAUUUAAACAAAAAUGUUUUUAUUUAAAAUAAAUACAAAAUUUAUUAAAAAUAUGUACGAAUAAAAAUUAAUAAUCACCAUGCAUUUCAUAGAAUGUCAGUAAAAUAAAAUACAGAAA